UUGUUUCACGCAAUUCAUCAAACACUCAACGAACCAUCAUAUUAUAGUCUUGUUUCUCUCAUCAUAUGAUCAAUAUCUGAAAUUGAGAGAUGAAGUCAGGGAAAUUAGGAUUCUUUCUGCUUUUACUCUUCUUGAACUCCUCUGCUUGUUCAGCAUGGUUUGGUAGUAACAAACACAAAAGUUCCUAUGCAAAUGGAAGAAACUCCAUUCUUCCACAUGAAACCUCAUCAUCAUCUUCAUCAUCAUCUUCAUACUUAAGCCGUUUUCGUUCCGGCUCAUCGGUUUUGUUACCCGUUCAUGGCAAUGUUUACCCUGUUGGGUUUUACAAUGUUACUCUCAACCUAGGCAACCCACCCAGGCCAUAUUAUCUUGACAUUGACACCGGUAGCGACCUCACAUGGCUUCAAUGUGAUGCCCCUUGUUCCCGUUGCUCUCAGACACCCCAUCCGCUUUACAGGCCCAGCAAUGACUUAGUGCCCUGCAGGAAUCCCCUUUGUGCUUCCCUGCACCAGACUGAUAACUAUGACUGUGAAGUCCAACAUCAGUGUGACUACGAAGUUGAGUAUGCAGACCAUUACUCAUCCCUUGGUGUGCUUGUCAAUGAUGUCUAUGUUCUCAACUUCACAAAUGGAGUACAACUUAAAGUUCGUAUGGCACUUGGAUGUGGAUAUGAUCAGCUUUUUCCAGAUUCUUCUUACCACCCCUUAGAUGGAAUGCUUGGCCUUGGCAGGGGAAAAUCCAGCUUGGUAUCACAGUUGAAUAGUCAGGGUUUGGUGCGAAAUGUGGUUGGACACUGUUUGAGUGCACAAGGAGGAGGGUAUAUCUUCUUUGGGGAUGUUUAUGACUCUUCUCGACUGACUUGGACUCCAAUGUCAUCCAGAGAUUUAAAACAUUACGUAGCAGGGGCUGCCGAACUCAUUUUUGGAGGGAAGAAGACUGGAAUUGGAGGCCUUCUUCCUGUUUUCGACACGGGGAGUUCGUACACUUACUUCAACUCUAAUGCUUACCAAGCAGUAAUAUCUUGGUUGAAGAAGGAAUUAGCUGGAAAACCCCUGAAAGAAGCACCGGAUGACCAAACUUUACCUCUUUGCUGGCAUGGUAAAAGACCUUUUAGAAGUGUAUAUGAAGUCAGAAAAUACUUCAAGCCUAUGGCACUUAGUUUCACCAGCAGUGGGAGAACUAAUACUCAGUUUGAAAUCCCUCCUGAAGCAUAUCUGAUUGUAUCAAACAUGGGAAAUGUUUGCUUGGGCAUUCUAGAUGGCUCUGAAGUAGGAAUGGGUGAUCUGAACCUAAUUGGAGACAUAUCCAUGCUAGACAAAGUGAUGGUAUUUGACAAUGAGAAGCAACUGAUUGGUUGGGCACCAGCAGAUUGUAACCGGGUUCCAAAUUCCAGACAUGUCAGCAUUUGAUCACCAAAGACAACUUGGGAACUCUUUUACAUCUUUGUUAUCAUCAGAUAGUAGCUAUUGUGCUGAUUUAUAAGACAAGGGUGGUUGUAUCAAAAUGAAUGUAUCUGCUUAAGAAGAUAUCCUUGUGUUGUAUAUAGUAGUAUAUUGGUACAGUUUACAGUGUAUUUUCGGCUAAUCAGUCAUAUAAUCAUUCAUAUCAUAUUAGUUUGAA